AUGGAUAGUUUUCAAAAGUUUGAUUACAAACAGUUGCCCACAAAAGAUGAGUUCUUUGGUAUAUUGACCCAAGAAGGCAUUACAAAUGAGCAGUACGAGCAUGCUCAGCAAGUUUGGGAUACUUUUAAGAUGAAGUCAAUGGGGGAGUACCAUGAUUUGUAUCUCAAGUCUGACGUAUUGCUGUUGGCUGAUGUUUUUGAAAACUUCAGAAGCACUUACCUUCAGUACUAUAAAUUAGAUCCCGCGUAUUAUUUUACAUCUCCGGCCUUAGCUGGAGUGCAAUGCUUAGUUAAAUUGAUGAAUUCAUGGAAUUUCUCCGUAAAUUCACAUUUGUUGAAAUAUGUCUCAUUAUGUAAUGAUUUACGAACUAAUUUGUUAUCAAAUCAUGCUGAUGACACUUGAGUGACUGUAGUAAUCAUUGCAUUGCAUUAUCAUUGUUAUAAAUUGUAACUUUAUGUUAAAACUUUUGCAAUACUGUAACUACAAAAUUAUAGUCAUGCAAAUAAAGCUUAUGUUGUUGUUGUUGCUUAAGAUGACAGGCAUCAAACUUGAGCUUAUGUUAGAUGUGGACCAAUACCAGUUUAUUGAAAAGGGUAUGAGGGGUGGAAUUUCUUAUAUUGCUAUUAUAUAA